UAUUGGGUUGUUUGACUUGUAUCAGUGGUUGCUAUAGCCGCUUCGCGCAUGCGCACUGCUAAAACAUUUGUUCCGGCACUUUAUCCAACAGCUAACGUUAGCCGCCGCUGGGCUAACAGGAUACUACAGUGGUCCACUCUACACGACCUAGCAUUAGCAAUAACAGCGAGAGCAGCAUCACGGAGUGUUAGCUUCAGAAAACUACUAAUAUCCUCUCAGGUGCAGGUGUAGCUGGGGUGCAGAGGGACCCGCGAUGUUGAACCCGGCCAAUGGCGACCCGAGCCACGUUGUUGUGAAUUAUGUUGAGGAGUAUUUGGACCUGGUGGAGUCACUGCCUUUUGACUUGCAGAGGAGCGUGUCCCUCAUGAAGGAGAUCGAUGCCAAGUAUCAAGAUGUUCUGAAGGAGCUUGAUGAUGCUUACGAGCGGUAUCGCCGGGAAUCUGACUCACUUCAGAGGCGAAAGCUUCAGUUAUCCAUUCAGAGAGCGCUGAUUCGCAGUCAAGAGCUCGGAGAUGAGAAGAUCCAGAUUGCCGGUCAAAUGGUGGAGUUGGUUGAGAACCGAACGCGACAGAUAGACUGGCAUUCUGAACUUCUCCUUUCCUCUCAAGAAGUCCCAGAGAGCCACGUUCCCACAGCAACAUCCAUGUCAACCACUGCAGCGUCCAUGAUGUCGUCCUCAUCAGCCACCGUCACUCCAGGCAAAACUAGCCACCAUGACAAGAAACGUGAUGAGGUUACCCCGGGCUCAGGCGGCGGAGACAAAGCCGGAGGGAAGCGCUCAAGGCGUCAGAAAAACGGAGACAACCGGGAAAGUUACAGCGGCCUGGAUCACGCCGAGGAAGUGGGCGUGGGGGCAUCCCGGGAAAAGAGGGCCAAGACGUCAUCGAAGAAGAAGAAAAGGUCAAAAGGAAAGUCUGAGAGAGAAGUGUCACCUCCAGACCUGCCCAUCGAUCCAGACGAGCCGACAUACUGCCUGUGUGAGCAGGUGUCCUACGGCGAGAUGAUCGGCUGUGAUAACGAUGAAUGUCCCAUCGAGUGGUUUCAUUUCUCCUGCGUUGGGCUCCAUCAUAAGCCCAAGGGCAAGUGGUACUGCCCCAAGUGUCGGGGUGAGAAUGAGAAGACCAUGGACAAGGCCUUAGAGAGGGCCAAGAAGGAGAGGGCGUACAACAGGUAGCUAGCUACGUCCGGCCGGAUGAACACUACUCCGUUAAAAUUUUAUGUCUCGUCUUUGUUUCCAUUUACUGUUGACACUGUUUAAAGUAUUGGAUGCUGUAAAUAGUUAUUUUUGUAACUGCUGCAUAGCCGAGAAACAAGAUGGCUGCUUCCUGGUUGGGAUCAUUUUUAAAGAACGGUCACAGUACAAUACAACCUGCAUGUAACUCACAUCCCCUUUGUUUUCAUCAUGCAUGCCACAUCACCCACACCAUUAUAUAUGCUCAAUUAACAAAUAAAAUGUUUGUAAAUGAAGAUAA